UUGGGAGGAGCGGGACACUCCCGUCCCUGUCCCUUCGCCCUAUGUCGCGGGCUGCAGAGCUUGGGGUGAACGAGGAGCCCAGAAGCUUCAAAGCUGAAGUCUGGGACCAGACUUGCUUGGCCCUGCCCAUUUGCGCUGGGCUGCUGUCAACACAGGUGGUGAACACCGUGUCCACUGUGUUGGUGGGACACCUGGGCGCCAGGGACCUGGCAGCUGUGGGUUUAGCCGUGAGCCUGGCCAAUGUGACAGGCUACAGCGUGAUAGUUGGAGUGGCCACCACCCUUGGAACCACCGCGGGUCAAGCCUUUGGCGCCAGACACUUUCAGGAAGUCUCCCUGGGCCUUCAACGCUGCGUGCUGCUGUGCUGCGCCCUUCUCAUCCUGGUGGGUGCCAUGUGGUUCCACAGCCACCGCCUGCUGUUGCUGGUGGGUCAGGAGGAGAUCAUCGCGGCUAUGGCGGCGAAGUAUCUGCGGAUCCUGUUCCCAGGCCUGUGCUGUUUCAUGGUCACCCAAUGCCUGCAGCUCUGGCUGGCGGCACAACGCGUCACCGGCAUCCAAGCCUCAAGCGGCGCCCUGUUGGCGCUGGUGCACCUGCCGCUCUGCUGGUACCUGGUGGAUCACCUGGGCUACCUGGGGGCGGCCAUCGCCACCUCUGCGGGGAACUUCCUGCGGAUGUUGUGGGUGAUCUUCAAGACCUGCCGCGCGCUGAGAGAUUUAGAGAAUUCCUGGCAGGGACUGUCGAAACUGGCCUUGCGAGGAUGA